AUGUCUGAAGAGAAACCCCAUGCCUUUUUCCUAAAGGAGUGUAUGAAAACAAGGAAGAAAGCAGAACAAUACCUUGAAUUUCGCGAUGCCCUCUCACCUGAUAACCCAAAAGCCCGCUUCCCGGGAUUUCAUCAGCGCAUUACGGUGUUCAAAAAGGGACAACAAGUGAAGUCAGGCGCCAGGGCCUUACCAAUUGAUAUCGUCAUGCACGAGAGCGUGCCGAUGAUCCUGUCAGAUGGAGUCAAAAUCUAUUGCGACAUUUUCCUUCCCGCUAACCUUCCACGGGAUUUGAAACAACAGCUCUAUGACAGAGAUAGAGUGCCAGCAUUGGUUGCGUGGAGUCCAUAUGGAAAGCAAAUGGGCACAACACUUUUGGAUGACUUCCCGUUCCGUGCAGGUGUUCCAAAGGAGUGGCUGUCCGGACUUGAAAAAUGGGAAGGUCCUGAUCCAGCAUUUUGGUGCGCCGAGGGUUACGCUGUGAUCAAUGUUGACACUCGAGGCGCGUUCACUUCGGAAGGCAAACUCCUCAUUCUUGGACACCAGGAAGCUCAAGAUGGUGCAGAAUUUGUCACCUGGGUAUCCGAACAAGCCUGGUGCAACGGAAAAGUGGCAUUGACUGGAAACAGUUGGCUGGCUAUGGCUCAGUGGAAAAUAGGCAGUCUCAGGCCCAAAGGACUCGCUGCACUUGCGCCAUGGAUCACUAUCGCGAUACAAUAUGCCAAGGAAGUAUUCCAUCGUCGAACUUCCACGACUCAAUCGUUGGUAAGAUUACGGCCCCACUGUGUGGACUUUGAGCUGCAUAGCCAAGUAUUCGGCUUCUUCAGUAUCAAUAAUAAUGUUAUUUUAGAGCAAUUUGCAAGUUACAACGAGCUUGAAGAUCUGUCUACUACACUGAAGAAGACAGGCGGCCUCUGGAACCCCUACUGGGAAGACAAAAUGUCAAAUCCAGAUCAAAUCAACGUACCAGUUUAUGUCGUUGCUUCCUGGACCAACCCAGUCCAUACACCUGGGACCUUCCGUGCUUUCAGAAUGAUUCCGGAUAGUACUCCCAAAUGGCUGCGGGUAAACAAUUCUCAAGAAUGGCCGGAUUACUACUCAGAUUCAAGUUGUCGUGAUCUGAAGAGGUUUUUUGACCACUAUUUGAAAGGGCAUACCGAAAAUGGCUGGCUGGCAACACCUAAAAUUCGCCUAAGCAUACUCAAUCUUGGCCUGUCCGGACUCGAUGACACCGUGAACAGAGCUGAACUGGAGUGGCCACUGGCUCGAACUAGAUACGAGAAGCUUUACCUGUCUUCCAACGGAGAAAUGUCCCCUUUCACACAGCAGCAAGGGCCAUCAUUGGCGCGUUACAACUCGACGAGUGGAAAAGUGACAUUUCGUUAUGUCAUUUCCAAGGAAAUGGAAACAACUGGACAUUUUAUGGCCCGACUAGUUGUGUCUUGCCCCUCUCAGUCCGACAUGGAUUUGUUUGUUCAAGUUUGUUGCGUUGAUGAAAAGACACUUUGCAGACGCGGAGUCAUGACUAUUCGACCUAACAACAUAGUCGUUCUGACCUUGCUCAAAUUGCUUCAUGAUUGGCACUUCGGGCUUUCAAAGGUGGGUAUGCUUUUCCACUGGGGGCCCGCUGGCCGAAUUCGAGUCAGUCAUUCGACGCAGAAGAGCCAAUCCUCCACAUUGUUUGAGCCAAUCUAUGAGCACAGAGAGGAAAUACCACUGGCCAAAGGAGAGAAACGAGCGGUGGAAAUUCCCCUGCGACCAUACGGCAUGUACUGGAAGAAAGGCAGUGUUAUGGAGCUCACGGUGUCAGGGAAUCCGGUGAUUCCUUUCCCUCUCCCUGGUGUCGAACCUUUGUAUGGAAGAAACGCUGGCGAUCACAUCAUCCAUUGCUUUGAUAGAGGGGAGGAUAGCUCUUGUCUUAUUGUGCCCAUAGUUUAG